AUGAAGUCUUAUCAUUUUCCAUCUACCCUCGACCCAGCUCUUGCGGCUAAGCUUAGUUGGGAGACCAUACGUGAGGGGUCAAAGAAUGCAGUGGAUCCUGAAAGCGAUGUCGGACCCCUGAUCGAGCCUCCCAUCAAGAAAUACAUGCAAGAUUCCAAGCCGUCACCUAAUAAGACAGCAAGGAUAUCCUGUCUUCGCUGGUGGCUACCCGAGAUAUUUGCCUCGUUACUUUCUGUGACCUCCUUGGCCUCUCUAGCCAUCUUCGUGCGUCAGUAUCAUGGUAGAAGCCUGCAAGAACUCAAAGUCGAUUUACCUAGUUGGCUCACACUCAAUACCCUCAUCGCUACACUUUCGGCACUUACUAGAGUUGCACUCAUGGUUCCCAUUGAGUCCGCUAUGAGCCAGAAAGUAUGGCUUUGGCUAUCUGAAAGCAGGAGUGCUUCAAAGCGCCGUGGUCAGCUGCGUGAUCUGGAAUUAUCGGAUGCAGCCUCGCGUGGCUCUUGGGGAAGCUUACUUUUGCUUUUAAAAGCCGAAAAAAGGCGCUUGCGAAGGUUGGGAUGA